AUGGGCGGCGACGACGAUUGCGCCGCUGAUGGCGGAGAUGGCCCAGACGCCAUGAGCACCAACCGGCAAAACGGCCAGGGCCAGCAGCAGCAGCAGCAGCAGGAUGAGACAGUCGUCAUCGUCGACCCCCGAGGCGACGUAAUCCUCGACGUCACAUUCUAUACAUCGGCCGAGACGUUACGCAAGAGCCGCAAGGCCGCGCUGGCCACAUCUAGAAAGGCUGGCAGCACGGCGGCAUCGCGAGGGCCGGCAUCGACGUCUGUUGCAGACAGAUUCAAGGCCGAGGUGACGGUGCGGUACCGCGUCGGCCUGGCCUCCCUGUGCAGCAACUCCAAGUACUUUGGCAACCUCCUGACCAACAGCCAGUUCCGCGAGGCCAAGUCGGUGACCGAGGCGCACGGUGCCAUUGCGGCGCGCGGCCAGCGUCCUGGCGAGGCGGAGGCGUCGGACCUUCCCAGGAUAGCUGUGUCGGACGAUGACGAUGCCACGGCCAGCGCGGGGAGGGAGGUCGUGUUCGAGGACAUGCUGCGCAUCAUGCACGGGCAGCCGCCGGCCGGGGCCCCUUCGCCGAACCUAGUCGGCGCCACUAUGUCGUAUGUCACCACGCUGGCCAUCACGGCCGACCGGUUCGACUGCACGGCGUGCGUGUCCCGGUGCGUCAACACGACGCUCAAGUUCAAGUGGCCCGUCACCAGCGGGCGUCCCAUGCGCGAUGACUCCGGACACCCCACGGACGUCGAGGGCAUGCUGCGCCAGAAGAUCCUCGUGGCGUGGCUCCUCGGGCAGCCUAUGCGGCUGCACAAUGCCACGCGGGAACUGAUCAUGCGGGGGUCCAGCCGGUGGAGCCCAUACUUUGACGGGCAGGAUGGCACGGCGUCGACGGCGGCAUGGUGGGCGUUGCCGGACGGAUUGGAGCAUGAGCUGCAGUUCCGGCGAGAAUGCGUGCUGAACACUAUCGCCUCGGUGCCCCGCCACUUCCUUCGCCGCUACUCCUCUCGCGACCGACAGUGCAAGCUGGGCUACGACUCGAGCGCGGCGUGUGACUCCUUCCAGCUGGGACAGCUCCUCCGCUUCCUGCUGGCCAAGGAGCUUCUCUUCCUCGUCGACUUCAGCCCCGGGUCCGUCGACGCCGUCCCCGACGCCCCCUCGACCGUGGACGUGGAUGAGGUCCUGGCCGCCCUGCGCCAGUGUCCGGCCUACCAGGUCGACAAGCACCACACCAACUGCGGGCCACGGUUGCGCAUAGAUCCCGUGCUGGACUACUUCCGUACCGCGCUGUCGGCCAAUGCCCUGUCCGUGCCGCUAGCGGAAUGGAAGCGCCGGAGGGCGGAUGUCUCGUGGGUCGAAGGCGCAGCGCAGGUCAAGCAUGCCAAGGGCGAUGAAGAUGACAACAGCAACAGCAGUCGAGUGUUUGCCUUCACCAGGGCACUGGCAAAUGACCAGCGUCUCAGAUACGAAGGGGCCAUGUACGCAGAUCGCAUGGCCAGGAAGCUGUUUACCGCUACAGAAUGGGAUUGGACACCGGAGAUGUGA